GUCGUCUCUCGGCCGCUGCCUCAUCCUCUACUCGCUUCGUCUCCGGCGCAGGAAGGAAGGGUGUUCUCUUCAUGGGUUCCGACUUCGUGUCUGACGGCGCUGUUACCCUCUCGCGCGACAUCGCCAAGAAAAAGAAGACCCACCGGUCGGCGAAAUUGAAGCAGUGCAAACUCGACGCUCGGCGCGAGCAGUGGCUCUCGCAAGGUGUCUGUUCCCGAUCUGCAGUGAAGAACAAGGAUUACGUGGUGUCGGAAAGGAGAUCGCCGGCAGCGUCGCCUCACCUUCAUCCGGUGCUGUCUAAGAAGAUGGAUCUCGGACUGAAGGAGGAGGAGGAGGUGGAAAUUCGGGUUUCACCAGACCGUGAUGGAUCCAAUUCGCACGACAGCGAAGGAGGUUCUCCGACUCAUGGGGGCACUGUUGAUGGAUGCCCUGCGAAUAGUAUUAGUAGCGGAAGCAGUUUUGCAUCCUCGUUGAGAAGCCUCAGCGACGCGGAAGUGGAAGGGGAUGAUCACGUCGAGAGAGGGGAAGAGGGAGUUGACGAUUGGGAAACCUUAGCGGAUGAGUUAGGGGAUGAUGGCAGCCAGCCUGAUCCAAACUCUGUUGACACCGUCCCUGAUUCUUCUGCAGUACCAGGUCACACUGACAAGGAUACCCAGGAGAGUUUGGAAAAGCCGGAGGUUAAGCAGGCUAUCAGUAGGGCUUGGAGGCCAGAUGACACUCUCCGACCUCAAAGCCUACCCAACCUCUCGAAGCAGCGGAGCUUCCCCGUUAGCAUGGCACGUCGCUAUGCAGCGUCCAGGUGGUCUCAGAGCAACAUUCUCUCUGCACCUACUUCAUGCCCUAUUUGCUGUGAGGAUCUAGAUCCAACGGACUCAAGCUUCCUACCCUGCAACUGUGGCUUCCGCCUCUGCCUGUUCUGCCACAAGCGAAUUCUUGAGGCAGAUGGGCGCUGCCCAGGCUGCAGGAAGCAUUAUGCUCCUGUAGCAGGUGGUGAGGUUGUCAUUUCGGGCGGAAUACCAUCCUUGGCUCUUCGCCUCUCUCGUUCUUGUAGCAUGAGUUCAAGAACCUAGGAAGUGUGUUCCACUGGCUUCUUUUCAUUUUUACAUAUGACAGUUUCUUAACUGUGUCUUUUGAAUUUCAUUGUUAUAGAGCAAUCAUUUUAUCAUAAGAAAAGAUGUGUGAAUAUAUGCCCUAGGUCUUGAGUGUAUAAGAAGUGUUUUUGGUAAGUUAAUUUGGAGUAAUGUGUUCUUCAAUUGUACGAUGAGUGCAUUCUCAGACAGAUAUAUAAUUAAAUGAAAUUUUCAACUAUGUUAAAGUCAAUAGGGCAAAGUUCAAA